AACCGAAGAUACUAAUCGUCCUUCUCUUGCUUAGGGAACCUUCUUAAUUUCUUAGCCAUGGCGCCCAAAAACUCCUCCUCAUCACUGCCAACUAAGUUUAGAUUCAUGUUUUUGUUAUUCUCGUUCCUUAUUGGCACAGCCUCUGCUCAGUUAUCUUCUACUUUCUAUGCCACAACCUGUCCUUCAGCUCUUUCCACCAUUAAAUCAGCAGUGGCCGCUGCUGUAGCAAAAGAGAAACGCAUGGGGGCAUCCUUGCUCCGUCUUCAUUUUCAUGACUGCUUUGUUAAUGGAUGUGAUGCAUCGAUUUUGUUAGACGAUACAGCAACUUUCACAGGAGAGAAAACAGCAAAUCCCAAUGUAAAUUCAGUAAGGGGAUUUGAGGUCAUCGAUACCAUCAAAUCUCAACUUGAGAGCUCAUGCGCUGGUGUUGUUUCGUGUGCCGACAUUUUAGCCGUUGCUGCUCGUGACUCCGUUGUUGCAUUGGGGGGUUCUACCUGGACGGUUCAAUUGGGCAGGAGAGAUUCAACCACCGCAAGUUUAAGCACCGCAAACACUGACAUCCCCGCCCCAACUUCGAGCCUCAGUCAGCUAAUCCAGUCUUUCUCAAACAAAGGGUUUACGGCUAAAGAAUUGGUGGCUCUUUCAGGAUCUCACACAAUAGGCCAAGCUAGAUGCACAAAUUUCCGCACUAGGAUCUACAACGAGACCAACAUCGAUUCUUCAUACGCAUCAUCAUUGCAAGGAAAUUGUCCGAGUGCUGGUGGUGACAACACACUUUCUCCGCUAGAUGUCACGAGCCCGACAUCUUUUGACAAUGCUUACUUCAAGAAUUUGCAGAGCCAAAAGGGUCUUUUGCAUUCGGACCAACAGCUCUUUAAUAAUGGCUCUACUGACUCACAAGUCACUGCUUAUAGCUCCAAUUUGCAAACUUUCAAGACAGACUUUGCUAAUGCCAUGAUAAAGAUGGGAAACCUCAGUCCACUCACUGGAUCCAGUGGCCAGAUUAGGACCAACUGCAGGAAAGUCAACUAAGUUUAGGCCGAAAGAUAUUAUAUAUUUUGUGUUUGGGAAAUAAGGAAAUUUCUGUCAAUGUUUUUGAAUUGAGUGUGCAUGGAAAUCAUGGUGUGUUUUGAUUUUGUACUGUCAGCUUUGAUGUAAGUCGAAGAAACUCUUAUCACGAAUUACAUAGAGAAAGUCGAUGCUUAAUUUCAAAAUU